UGACUUUUCUCUAACUAAUUGUACUUGAAUUUAGAAUCUAAAUUUAGAUUCUUGUGAUUAUCAUCAUGCCUUUAAUUGUUAUAGUUGGUUUACCUUGUUCAGGUAAAUCAUAUUGGUCUUCAAAGAUUGUUGAUUAUUUCAACUUGGCUGGAGGUCAAACUGUGUUAAUUUCGGACAAUGAUUACAUAGAAAAUGUUAAUUACAUUUUCUCUGAUUCUAACAGAGAGAAACAGAUGAGAGGACAAUUAAAAUCAGCCGUUCACAGGCACCUGAAUAAAGAGAAAGUGGUCAUAUUGGAUUCAUCGAAUUACAUUAAGGGUUAUCGUUAUGAACUUUUUUGUAUUGCAAAGGAACAAGCGACAACUUAUUGUGUGGUUGAAUGUUCCAAUCUUAAAGAUGAAUCUUGGAGAUUGAACAAUUUAAGAGAUUCUUCCAGUGGUAAACGUUACGAUGAGAAAAUUUUCAAUGAAUUACACUUGAGAUAUGAGGCACCGAAUUCACAGAAUCGUUGGGAUUCACCGCAUUUUGUUUUCUCCAAUUCAUUUGAGGCCUCAUUCGAUGAAAUUAAAUCAGCGAUUAUCGAUAAAAAACCAUUGAAACCCAAUCAAUCAACCCAAUCACAACCAUUGUCUGAAGCUAAUUUCCUUUAUGAAUUGGAUUCUCAAACCAAGCAAAUUAUUGAUGAAAUAAUUAAAGUUCAAAAACUUGGAUCAAUUUUCACAAUUAAAAUCAUCGGACAAACUAAUCCAGUUCGUUUAAAUCGGAUAUUUCCACUUCCCGAAUUGAAUCGAUUACGAAGAUCUUUCAUUCAUUACACUAAAAUGCAUCCAAUUGAUAAAUUCGAUCAAAUUAAACCAACAUUCAUUCAAUAUCUUAAUUCAAUCACUGAUAAUGAUUAAAGAAAAACAAAUAACUGAUCGAAGAUCAAAUUUUGGAAACUUUGGAAAAUCUUUGAGAAAACAAAUGAAAAGAUGAUCAAAAGUCUCUUUUCGUUUACAAUUGUUGAAUAUACAACAUGUAUACACAAUAUUCACCUGUGUAUUGAUAAAACUUAGUUAAUUUCUUAAAUUUUAUAAGCAAUUAAAGAUGAACAAUUAAAAACAAUUGGACUUUUA